AUGGCCGAGAAGUCGAGCGCACAGCGCGAAGUUCAAGGCGAUGUCGUGACCCCUUUCGGUGUAGGCAGCCCUCGAAAGGUACCGAUGAAGGUCAUCGUGGGCGGACCGGGACGGACAGGCACUGCGAGCAUGAAGACGGCUCUGGAAAUCCUGGGGUUCCCGUGCUACCACGCUUUCAACCUGUGGGAAGAUAGCACGGAGCACAUGGAGGGUUGGAAUCGUGCCAUUGAAGCCAAGUACCAUGGUAAAGCCACCUUUGGGCGCUAUGACUGGGACGAGAUACUGGGCAAUCACCUUGCAACCGUGGACGCCCCCUCAGCCUUCUUUGCGCCUGAGCUCGCGGCCGCAUAUCCAGAUGCCAAAGUCAUCAUCCUGAACCGCGAGCCGGAAGCCUGGGUCCGCUCCUGCCUGGCGGCAUUUGGCGGCAUGCGGCCGGCGAGUCAUCUACGGUUCAUUUUCUGGCUGCUGAUCCGCUGGGACGCGUUCCUUCUGGCGUUCGCCCGCCACAUGAACCUCAAGCAGGCCGACAUCUGGGGGUUCGAGUGGGACGACGCGGACGCGCGCGAGAAGGCGCUGCGCUGGUUCGACGAGUACUACGCCGACUGCCGCGCGCGCAUCCCCGAGGAUCGCAGGAUCGAGUUCAGGGUCCAGGACGGCUGGGAGCCGCUGUGUCGCCACUUGGGCGUGCCGGUCCCGACGGUGAGGGUUGGUGAUGGGCCGGAGAGGGUGCAGGUGCCGUUCCCAUGGACGAAUGAUGCGGCCAUGUUCAAGGUUGCACUUGGGGAUAUGAGACGCAGGAAAAUGAAGGGGGCGUUGAGGUUAUGGGUGGAGAAGAUCUGUAUCUUUGGGGCAGUUGGAUUUGGCGUGUACAAGUCUUGGCCAUUGGCCGCGGCAUGGUUGGGAAGGCAAUCUGCAUGA